UGGUUGUUAUCAUUUCAUUUUUUUUAUCAGUCUGUGACCGGCGUUGAAAACGACACGCGAGAGAGCUCGUAAAAUCUCAAGAUCAUUUUUUGUAAUUUUGUAGAAUAUUACCAGAUAGUAUUGAACACAUUUAGUGAACCGUGAAAGUAAUAAUUUAAGGCGUACAAAAUGAUAUUCGUUGCCAUUUACGAUAUGGCUGGCUGGUGGACUCUAGUAAUGGCUCUACAAGUGGUAGUAAUUUCAACUUACUUUUUCUGGAGCAAAAAGAAGUCUAAAACCUAUGAUCCCCUGUGUAAUGGGAAACCGAUAGAAUGGAACCCUAUACCUAUCGUGGAGCACGACGUGACGGUUGAAGAACCUCCUUUGAUGGGUAAAAUAGACGAUAAUGCUUUAAAUGUGGGUUCUUUAAGUUUCCUGUGCCUUGAUAAGGAAGAGUCUAUCAUGGACGCUGCGUUGGAGUCUCUUGGGAAGUACGGAGUCGGCUCCUGUGGCCCUCGAGGCUUCUAUGGCACUAUUGACGUCCAUCUAGACUUGGAGGAGCGUCUGGCUAAGUUCCUGGAGGUGGAAGAGACUUGUGUGUACUCGUAUGGGUUCUCUACAAUCGCUAGUGCUAUACCUUCAUAUUCCAAGAAGAAGGAUAUCAUUUUUGCUGAUGAAUGUGUAUGGUUCGCAAUACAGAAAGGCAUAGAAGCCUCCCGCAGCACCGCUCGCUACUACAAACACAAUGACAUGGACCAUCUGGAACAGCUCCUGGCCGAGGCUCAGAAGAAGAAGGAACUCAACCCUCGGAGACGAGCCUUCUUGAUUGCAGAAGCUAUUUACUUUAAUACUGGAGAAAUGUGCCCGUUGAAGAGGUUGGUGCAGUUAGCGAGAAAGUAUAAGCUCAGGAUUAUUUUGGAUGAAAGUUUGACUAUUGGGGUGGUGGGUAAACACGGUCGCGGUAUAACCGAGUUGCUGAACAUCCCUCGCGAUGAGAUCGACCUGAUCGUGGGCUCUCUGGAACAUUCGUUCGCGACGGUCGGCGGCUUCUGUGCAGGAACACACUUCAUGGUCGAACAUCAGAGGCUUUCCGGACUUGGUUACUGCUUCAGCGCAUCUCUGCCGCCGAUGUUGACGCAAGCGGCCAUAUCGGCGCUGGACAUCAUUGAGGCCAAGCCGGACAUCAUCGGCGAACUCAACGAAGUCUCCAUUAAAAUUAACAAAGCCCUCUCCCAACUGAAGCAUUUCACAUUCCGAGGCGACGCUCUCUCCCCGGUGAAGCACAUCUACCUCAAAAAAGACGACCUCACAGACAGACUGAAACACUCAUACCUCCGUAACAUAACUAACUAUUGUUUAGAGAAAAGCGUCGCCAUGACAGUCGCCGCUUACUUACGAGAUGUCGAACUAAACUGUCCAGAACCUUCCAUCCGUUUAGCGUGUAGCAGGAAACUUACAGACGACAAAAUAGAUCUAAUAUGCUCAUUAUUAGACGAGGCGUAUGAAAAAGUAGGUCCGAAACCCGAACUGUCUCCAAAGGCUGUUAAGUAAUACCUUUGCUUCGAGUAUUAUCUAUGGAUUUUUGGCGGGAAGUACAAUUUUUUUUGUUGUCUUUUUCUGACCUUGUUUUAAGGUUAUUUUUCUUGUUUUUGUGUUAAGUGUAUGUUUUAUUAUUUACUUCGCACCAAUGCAUACAUUUAUCGAAUAGAUUGUUUUUUAUGCAUUUCAUUUAAAUGCUAAGUUAUAUUGAAAAUCGCUUUAUUUUCAUGGUGUUUACCCGACCGUAAAGGAAAAAGAGAUUUUAUAAAUUUUACAGCUACCAAUUCAAAGCAAAGCAAUUUUUAUUAGAGGCAUGGCAUUUGAAAUAGCAAGUACGCUAGGUUUUAUGUAAAAACUCAAGAUUGUCAAUGAACAAAUGUUAAAUACAGUUGUGUGCAAUAAAAAGUAAAUUAGUCCAAUCAAAUUAUGGAAGACAAAAUAUAGUUCUAAUCAGUAAAAGAUUACGUUCACAAAUUAGAUGUAUUGAGAGAGUAGGUACUACUUAUUUUUGCAUAUAACUGUAUUGUGGUAAGUUUUAAGUAAGUACAUAACGUUAUAAUUUAUUAAAAUUAAGUGCACAAUAAAGCUUAUUAUAUUGUUAAUUAAUCGUAACUGAGUUCCAAAUACUUGUUGUUAGAUUAAUAAUAUCGAAUACUGGUUCGUAGUGGACUACUUAAAUAUAACUUUACCUACUAAACUAAAAUUUGUAUGACACAAGCAAGUGUGUCGUCACAUCCCAAAAAUAUAAUUAUCUCCAAUAAUUCAUGAUUAUCAAAUACAUAGUAAAUAAACAACAUGAGUUUGAAUUUGUGAAAAGCAAUUCCAUAAAUACAAGACUAUCUUUUUCGAAAUACUGUCCACUAUGAAACCAUAAACUUAAAGUAUUACGAAUAAAACCUCAUGUUGCAUUAAUAUUAGAUUAAUAUUAUAUUUACUGCCGUGCGGUAACAAGUACAUUAGGUAAGAUACACUGCUUCACGUCUACUUAAUUUUUAUAUUAUUUAUUUAUCUGUAAUAAGAAAUAGCAGUAAUGAAAGGUAUUCUAUGUGCUGAUACAGAACAUGAUGUAUAUUUGUGCCAAGUUGCAUUAAAACUCGUUUAGCAGUUGUGUGGAAUAAUUUAAAUACAUUACUUAGAGAUUAUUCUGAAUGCGACUAAAUAAAUCGCGUUGGCCAAAAUGAAAUGUCUGAGCAAAACGUCAUAAUUUUUUAAACAGUUACUGUAAAAAAUAUCGGACAAAACAGACAAAAUAUGAAUCUUCGAGAUCAAUUCAUAACUGUAAUAGCAAUAUUAUUACCACUACUUAUGGCAUGUAGCUUUAUCUAUAUGACGUAUCGAUUUAUAAAGCUAAGACGCAGAAAUCUAUUGAUGGAUUGAAAGCACCUCUAAAGAUAUCGAUAUUUUCCACUACAGAAUGUCAUAGGUAUAGAAUGUUCACUAGUUUAUAUAAUAGUGCCUUGAAUCUCAUUUGAUGUAAAAAGUAUUGUAUCUGCCUCUGUGGAAAAGAAUACAAGUUUCGCGGAAAAAAAACUAAAGUUCUGUGAGCUUUUAAACAAUAUUUUUUGGUUUAAUUGAACUUGUAAACUUUUUCACUAGUGGUACAGGAUUAAUGGUUAACACAUUCCAAUAAACUUCAAGUAUUAUAUCAGUACGAGUAUAAUAGUCUAUUUUAUCCAAGUUAAUAAAUAUAAAUAGUUAAAAUGUGUAUUUUUACAUCAAAUGCUUAGCGAAUACCAAGGUGUAUCGUCAUUAAUAUCAUGACAUAUUUAUUUAUAUCUUAUUAUAAUGUAUAAUAUUACAGAACAGUGCUUGUUAUGUUAUUACAUGAAUAAAUACGAGAUUUUUUAA